AGCCUCGCGGUUGCGAAGGGACGCGCCGCGCCAGCCCUCCGAGGGCCUGCCGAGCCCUCUCCCCGUCUCUUGGCGCAGGCCCAUGGCCCCCAAACGCGGCCGACCCUCAACCGGCUUCACCGCCAACAAGAAGCCAGCGAAGGCCGCCAACAAGAAGCCAGCGAAGGCAGUCCACGUCGGCGGCCUUUGCGACGUGGUGGCAAAGUCCCUGGACGCCGAUACCGGGCUGGCGGAGUCCGUCGUCAAGCUGCUCAGGGACUCCAUCCCCACCUCCCUCGCGCUUCUCAAGGAGGAGCGACACGCCUUCCAGGAGCAGGCCGUGCAGAUGAUCGGCCAGGCGCUCGACGCCAAGGGCGCGGCCCUGGACAGGGCGAGGGAGGAGGCGGCGGCGAAGCUGGCCGAGGUCGCCGAGGCCGCCUCCGCCACCGAUGCCGCCGUCGCAGAGGCCGAGGAGGAGGCCAAAGCGCUGGCGGACGCCGAGGCCGCGGCGGCGGUCAAGGCCUCGGAGGACGCCGCCGCCCAGAAGGCCGCCCGGGGCGCCGCCGCCGCGGCGACGAAGGCCCAGGCCGACGGCGAGGCCAGCCUCGCCGGCAGCGAGGCGAGCAAGGCCGCGCUCGAGGCGGUGCAGAAGGAGCACUUCGAGCCCUUGGUCGAGGGCACCGCGGCCGACGCGAAGGCGUCUCUCAAGGUGUUUAGCAAGGCGGCCAAGGAGUACCUGGAGGUGGAGGAGGGUACGCUCGACAACAUCUCCUCGACGCUCGGCAAGGCGAAAGGCGACCGCAGCACCUUCGACGGCCUCGUGGUGAACCUGCUCGCGGAAGCCGUCGCGAAGGCGCUGGCGGACCUGGGGGCGAAGAUCGAAGCGGGCUCCAAGGCGAAGGAGGAAAAAGAAGUGAAGAAGUUGCCGGAGGAAGCUCAACUCCGUUGUUCUGGCCACGCCGGGGAUCAAGGCGCGCGUCGUUUUCCUGGCGAUGGAUUGCACAGGAGCUCAUCCUCGACAUCAUGAGAGGGGACUUCGCCUACGCGUGCCCCGCGGUGAGGUUGAGCAAAGAGCGGCACAAGUACGCGGCGCCGAGUUCCCAAUGCAGCGACCUGAGCAACAAGAUCGACGACGCCACAAGCUAAGCCACCUGUCGCUGCAUCUCCCGAAGAAGGUGUUCCCGAAUGCAAAUCAGAGUAGCAUCUCGCGAACUGUGUUCGAAACUGCGACACGGCCAUAUGUCUUCUACUUCAAGUGCUUCGGCUGCAAUACAGGCCGGCACAGAAAGUGAGAUAAGUGCAGUUCCCCGCAUGGCGUGAAUUGUGUCCGCGACUGCGAAGCAGUCAUCAUGCUAUUGAAGGGUUGUCGUCUCGAUCUACGUCCGAGAGGCAGCAGGUCAGUUGUCAGGUUGUUCGCGCUGCUAAAUGUAUGCUGCCAGUGCAUUUUGUGUAAGGAUCCUGGUCAGCAGAAGGCCCGCCCCUGCA